AUGCGUUAUCUUUUAAUAUCUUUCGCUACACUGGCUAUAGGUGCUAGCCUAAAAACCACCAGCAAUACUUCUCUAGACUGCAAUGAUCAAGCCAUUGCGUGUACAGCGGCAUCGAGUUCUACCGACUGUAGUGCCGUUUAUCAAACAUGCGCUAUUGCUUGCAUCAACACCUACAACUCGUGUUCGGCGACUUCGGAUCCUACUUGUGACGACACACUCCAUACCUGCUUAGGCGCAGCACCAAACUCUACAUCUAGAUUACCUUCUGAUAACAUUGGCUCUACGAAUUCAUCGGAUGUAGCACUUCAUGUUGCUAAAAGAGCGUCAAGUUGGUACUUUCCAGAUCCUGUCGAACUUUGCCGAGCCCGUAAGUUGGUGUUUUUUGAACACACCACAACUAAUUGCCUUGCACAACGCGGCAACGAGUUUACCUAUACUUGCAGGCAUCCUAGUACCGACAACGUACGCACUUAUGUGGAUGUCUGCCAGAACACCUACACCUGUCAACAGGUAAACAACGAUGGUACUGCUCCACGAACCCCUAUUCCAAACCCCUAUACCCAAAGUAGGGCACUGUGUGUCAGAGAUGAAAAGAGUGGUACUUCAGCUGGUCGUGGCGAUACGGGCCGGGUUUGCCCUCAACAGGGUAGCUCUAUUCGUAAAUUCUUUGGCAAAGUAUACUCUAAGUCAAAGGAAACAUUAAAGAGGGUUAUCUAUGUCACAGAGAAUAGAGGUUCAGGCGAAAUUGUUAGCAUAGCUGGGCAGGAAGAGAAUGUUCUGGAGUAUGAUUUAUCGUACAAUAUCGAUCCUACUAACGAUAUUUGUAUAUAUGCAAUUAUUAUUGCUGCAUUAACCAUUCCAUGGGGUUGGGAUAGUAGGUUUGUUGACAAGAGCGUUUUUCCCCCCCACAUAGGAUAA